AUGACCGAAUCAGCUAUCUCUAUACCUAAAAAGGUCGUGACUCCAGGAAAAGGUCACGCGGCCGUUCCUCAGUUGCUUGGCAACGAUUUCUUGACAAAAUUUCCCAAGCUUUCUAUCGAGCAGGUCGGUCAUUUACGGCAUUUUCACAAUCUCGUCAACCAAAAAGAUGGAGAUUGGCACCACAUGGGCAGUCAAGAGCCAGGGCAGGAGUGGCUCGACGCGUAUCGAUAUCAACUUGCCACUAUGGCAUACGCUGCUGGGGCGGCUCAUUACCAUAGACUCCCUCUGCUCAGAUCGGUGUUCAAGACAUUGCUUAAAUCGCUGAUUAGGAAAAUGAUGCUGCGAGAUGUAUGGGGCUAUUGGUUUCUUACCAGUCACAGUGGUAAACUGAUAGAUCCAGAUCUGACCGAACUGCGCCAGCCCUGGGCGGACCCAGUAGUAAGAGAAAACAUUAUGUACUCUGGUCACCUUCUUCUGAUGGUAUCCUUAUAUACAAUGCUUUUCAACGAUGACAAGUUCAAUGAAGAAGGCGCCCUUGAGUUUAACUGGUGCCCCGUGUUCUGGGGAAUGGGGCCAGAAAUAUUUACAUACAAUCGAGCAAGCCUACAAGCUGCUAUUAUCAAGGAAAUGGAACGAGAGAGAUGGCUGGGGGUAUGCUGUGAGCCUAACAGCAUCUUCAUCGUUUGCAAUCAAUUUCCGUUGAUCGCCAUACGAUAUAAUGACGUACGCGAUGGAACAUCUUCAUCAGCCACGGUUCUUGAACAAUAUCGAGCUGCUUGGAAAGCAAAGGACAUGCUUCAAGAAAACGGACUCUAUAUUGACUCAUUUUCUCCCAAGCAGGAUCGCAAGCGGCAUGCGAGAGAUGUUGGAUUCACAGCUUGGGCUGCUGCAUUCUUGAAUUCUUGGGAUCCGACGAGUGCAAACAGGGCAUACAACACUAUUAUUAGGUCCAUACCACUAGGCAGCGCUUCAUUAGACGAUGCAUAUAGGUCAUUUGCCAUCAAAACGUUGAUGCCCGGAGCCACAGCUCACCUGCAUAAACCAGUGCUUGGAUACACUUCGAUGAUGGUUUCAGAGGCAGGCGAUUCGUCGACGCUGGAAAAGCUGCUCAAUCUUGUGGAAAACAAAUUCACUCCAAACUGGGAUGAAGGUGGGCUCUUUUAUAUCCCAUCACGAAGCAGCAGCAAUUCUUACGUGGAUAUGGAUCGAUUCACCGGGAACGCGGCCGUUGCCUACGCGCGGCUGAAUGUACCACAGGGCCAGCGCAAGAUGUAUGAGAAUCCGUGGGGUAACGAGCACUUUUCCAAUUAUCCAUUCGUUGAUAACAUCGAUCUCUCGAGCGGCGUUGACUUUCUGCGUGGAUGUUGGGACGAGAACGAGAAAGCUCUUGUCAUCACUCUACGUUCAUUUGAUGGAAAGACCAAACAGGUCAAGCCACUCUUUUCGGGAUUUGCCAAGGGCUCAUACUGCGUCUAUCAGAAUGGAAAGUUCACGGCAGUAUAUGAGCUUGUUGAAAAGACGGAUAUCAUCCAGCUCGACGUACAAGUCACUGCAGAGGAGUUCGAUGUAGUGAUUAGACUGUUGUCAUAA